GAACGCUUCAAACAUGAGGAAAUGGGUUAGUUUGGGAAACAGGUGUCGUUUACUGUGAACGUGUGCGUUAGGUUCGAGUUAAAGCAGUGGAACUAAUAAUGUGGGGGGUCGUGUGUGUGUUCGGGUUCGUUGUGGUCAUGAGCCACGCUGCUGAAGCCUUGGACAAUGGUCUGGCUCUGAAACCCACCAUGGGCUGGCUGCACUGGGAGAGGUUCAUGUGUAAUACCGACUGUGACAGAGACCCCGACAACUGCAUCAGUGAGCGUCUGUACAUGCAGAUGGCAGAUGUGAUGGUGAAGGAGGGCUGGAAAGACGCUGGGUACGAGUACGUCUGCAUAGAUGACUGCUGGCCAUCUCACCAGCGUGAUGCCCAGGGCCGCCUGCAGGCAGACCCCAACAGAUUCCCAGGGGGCAUCAAGAAACUGGCCGACUAUGUUCAUUCUAAAGGACUGAAGCUGGGAAUCUAUGCAGAUGUGGGGAAAAAGACCUGUGCUGGAUACCCUGGUAGUUUUGGUUACUACGAGACAGAUGCUCAGACUUUUGCAGACUGGGGUGUGGAUCUGCUGAAAUAUGAUGGCUGCUAUUUAGACUGGCAGCUGCUUGGAGAAGGAUAUAUAAACAUGUCAAAAGCCCUGAACAAAACUGGAAAAAGCAUCCUGUACUCCUGUGAGUGGCCUUUGUAUGAGUGGCCGUUCCACCAGCCUAACUACACAGCCAUCCGUGAGACCUGUAACCACUGGCGUAACUUUGCUGACGUGUACGACUCAUGGAGCAGCAUCAAGACCAUCUUGGACUGGAGCGCUGAUCAUCAAGACAUCAUCGUCCCCGCAGCCGGACCUGGGGGAUGGAAUGACCCCGAUAUGCUGGUGAUUGGAAACUUUGGCCUGAGUCAUGACCAGCAGGAGUCUCAGAUGGCCUUAUGGGCCAUCAUGGCAGCCCCUCUGCUCAUGUCCAACGAUCUGAGGGACAUUUGUCCUCGGUCCAAGGAGCUGCUGCAGAACAAACACAUUAUAGCCAUCAGCCAGGACCCUCUGGGCAAGCAGGGGUACCGCACUGCCAAGAUGGACAGUUUUGAAGUGUGGGAGAGGCCUCUGUCUGAGAAGCGACUUGCUGUGGCCAUUCUGAACAAGCAGGAGAUUGGUGGUCCUCGAGGGUAUUUACUCGCUGCCAUCCCUGGUUGGAAAUUCUGCAACCCCAAGUGCAGCGUCAUCCAGAUCCUGCCUCAGUACAAGGACAUGGGUGUUCAGCCAAUACAGAGUGACAUCAUGGUUCACGUUAACCCUUCAGGCACCACUCUGUUGACCCUCACACCCACCAGCAGCAACACCACAGGGCUUCACUGGCAGGACAUGUCCAACAAACGCAAACACACAACUGUCCUGUAGUGAUGACGUGAUUCACAAUGAUGGUUUAUGCACUUUACAGCACUGAGUGAACAAGUUUAAUCAUUUUAACAAUGGUAUUGUGUAUAAUUUUUUUAAGUUUUACAGGAAAUGCUCCAGAUAAAACAUUUAUACAUGUAUUUUUUUAUCAUGUUGAAACACUUCAGUUGUUUGCACUCCAUUGUACCGAAUUGUCAUAUCUUACCUGUAGACAAUAAUAUGCAAGAUCUGCAUUUAAAGUUGCAUACAGGGGUCCCACAAGUUGAACUGAAUGGUUUCCCUGAUUAUUCACAUGCACAAAAGUAUACUUGAUCAUUUUAUGAAAUCUAAAUGGCAACAUUUUUUCUGCAACUUUUAUUCAAGUACUCAAAAUGUUGAGUUAAUUUAUCUGAGGACUGUGUCAAAGAUCCAAAAUUGUGCUAAUAUACUACACUUCUGGUCAAAUGAAAAGCCAUACUUUAACCUCAACCCUAGAUAAACCUAUGGAUGCCA